AGAACUUCUGGGUCCAAGUGCACAUGAUAGUUUGCCCUAUGGUUCAUGGCUUCACGAAUACUGUGAAAGAGUCGGGACAUCAAUCGAUUGACAAUCAUCUUGCUGCCCUGACCACACGCAUCAAGAAUUACGGGGCCUCGGGACAGUGGAGCAAGGCGCUGCAAUCUUUCCGAGAAUGCUCGCAGUCAGGGGCUAAAGCCGACACUUUCCUUUACAACGUUGCCAUCAGCGCAUGUGGGAAGGGAGGGCAGUGGCAGCAGGCGCUGUCUUUGCUCAGGGAGAUUGGGGAGGCGGAGCUGGAGCCAGACGUGAUCCCGGGAGGAGUUACAGUGCAGGAAUCAGCGCGUGCCAGAAUGCUGGACAGUGGCAGCGGGCGUUGUCUUUGAUAGCUGAGAUGUUGGAAGCGAAAUUAGAGCCAAACUUAUGGUCAGUUACAAUGCCGGACUGAGUGCGUGCGAGAAGGACGGGCAGUGGCAGCAGGCGUUGUCGUUACUCAGUAACUUGUUGGAGGUCAAGUUAGAGCCGAACGUUAUCAGCUACAAUGUUGCCAUCAGCGCGUCUGGGAAAGCUGAGGAAUGGCAGCAAACUUUCGUGCUGCUGAACGACAUGCGUAAAGCGACACUCGAGCUGAGCGUAAUAAACUACAACGUUGCCAUCAACGCGUGUGGAAAGAAAGGGCUGUGGCAACAUACCUUGGCAUUGCUAAGCGAAAUUCGAGGUGCGAAGUUGGUGCCCGACGCCUACAGCUACAGUACAAUAGUUGCAUGCGAUAUUGAUGGACAAUGGCGACUGUCGCUGUCGCUGCUCAGUGACGUGGUAGAAGGGAAACUGGAGCCGAACGCAAUUUGCUACAAUGCUGGCAUCAGCGCGUGCGAAAGGGGAUUGUUGUGGCAGCAGGCAUUGACGUUGCUCAGCGACAUGGGGAAAGUGAAGCUGGAGCCGAACGUCACCUACCUUUACGCGCGCCGACUUCGGAUUCAACGUGCCAUGCUCUUAUUGUCCAGUAUUCUUCGGGAGGAUUGCUCUGUUUCUCGCCUUCCCCUUCGUACUUCCUUGUGGAGACGUCCUCGGCUAUGUCGAGGUCAUCAACAAGCUAGAGGCCAGAACUUACCCCUACAAAUGUCUGGGCAUCUCUUCCAGUGAUUCAGGAGAAGACCCUCGCUGGUCUGGACGAGCACAAGCAAUACUGCAGCGUCGCGUGUGCCCGAACCAGCCGCAGUUGGCACACGGGGCAUUUCUGGCUGGGGCCUUCUGAGCGGGAUUGAAUGUGAUAAGGCCUCGGGUUGACAAAGGUUGGGAUUGCCUAGUGAUGUCGCCCGAGAUCUAGGAUUGCAUGGGCGGGACCCUCUGUGCGGGUUCUCGUGGGCGGGCCCCUUGGUGCGGACCAUGCGAUUUGCUGCGCCGUCGUCGAGAUCAUGCGCCUGACCUCCGGCGCCGCUUGCUUGCAUGGCCUGGGAGCUCUCUGGCUGCUCCGCGGCCGCUUCUCUUCGGCAGGCCACUGGGCGCGCACACCCGAAGCGUCAGCAGGGCCUGCAUCUGCAGGCAAUCAAGGCAGUGCCUCACCGUCCGCUCGGACGGCAGGGGCCGCAGGACAGGCGCCACGAAGACCGUGGCCGAGACAGAGAAGUCAGGCACCCCGCUCGAGGACGAGGAAGGGGACCAGGACGACCGAUGUGACGACCGAUGUGUCUGUGUCCGCGGC